AUGGCAGUAAUGGCCGACGACACGACUAGUGGCAGCGGCAAUAAGUUAACCAGCCAACCAAAAUCUGCCAACCACUGUCAUGUUGCAAUGGCCAUUGCUGUCAAGCCAGAAUAUAAAUUUAUAUACACCGAUGGAUCAAAAUCACAAAGAGGCAUCAGCUACAGUGUUGUAAAAGAAGAUACAAUCAUAAAACAUUCGAUUUUGCCAGAAUAUUCGUCCGUUUUUACCGCAGAAAUAAUAGCCAUUUAUGAGGCAAUUAAUUAUACCAAAUAUUUAAAAGGUAAAUUUGUCAUUGUAUCUGACUCUUUGUCAGCAUUAGAUUGUAUUGCUAAUCCCAAUAAUAACAACAUCUAUGCAUCGCUGAUAAGGGACAUUAUCAACUAUGAAAAACAUUUACUAGUCUGGGUUCCGGGACACUCCAACAUAAAAGGUAAUGAGUUCGCAGAUUUAGUUGCAAAGGAAGCUUUCAAUUUUCCACUUACUACUACUGAUAAUUUAAAUUUACAAGAUAUCAAGAAUUUUGUUAAAACACAGUUUUACUGUGAAAGAAAUUCUCUAUGGAACAAUUGCUCUGACUGGUAUAAAUCCAUAAGCAAUAACAAAACAAAUAUCAAAACAUAUAUUCACAAUAAUAAACUACUGUCAAGACGUGACCAAAUAAAAAUCAUUCGCCUAAGGUUAGGACAUUCUAGCGCAACGCAUGACCAUAUCAUUAACAAAGACAUACAAAAGGAAUGCACUUUCUGCAAAUCUACCACAUUUGAUAUGAAUCACCUACUGUCAAAUUGUCAACAUGUCAAACAAUAUAUAAAAUCACUUUUCCCCAAUAUUAAUUUAAUUGAUACAUUAAAAAACCUUGAUACCACAAAACUUGUGGAAGUAAUAAACUUUUUAAAAAGAAGCAACCUUUAUAAUUACAUUUAAAAUAAAUUAGUAAUCAUUCAGUAUACUCAAUUCUUAUAUUAUAUAAAACAAA